AUGGUAUACGGACCAGAGCGCCACGCACCGACGGCUGAGACUCGUUUGAAUUUCCACGCAUUUGAUCCGAUCUCAAACGAAGGCCUUCACGAUCUACUCCGUGAGCAGUACGUUUUAGACGACACCAAUGCCGCUUCCGCAGGGCUGCUUGAGUCGACGGAGAAUCAGCGAGCACGGAAAAUCCUUCAAGCUACUACAGUAAAAGUAGGUGACCGAUUUGAAACGGGACUGCUGUGGCGUGACGACGUGCGACGAUUUCCUGAUAGUUAUCCCAUGGCCGUUCGGAGAAUGAAAGCGUUAGAGAAGAAGCUAGAUAAAGAUCCAGAACUACACCGAAAUGUGCAUCAGCAAAUACGUGAUUACGUUAUCAAGGGCUACGCGCAUAAAGCGACGGCUGAGGAGCUAGCGGAACCGAAUCGAGCGAAGGUAUGGUAUCUUCCGCUGAACGUUGUGCUAAAUCCACGAAAACCGGGGAAGGUACGUCUAGUUUGGGACGCGGCGUCAACCGUGAACGGAGUGUCGCUGAACAGUGAGCUGUUGUCAGGACCUGAUAUGCUGCAAUCUCUCCCAACGGUGAUCAAUCGUUUUCGAGAACGACGCAUUGCUUUCGGCGGCGAUAUACAGGAGAUGUAUCACCAGAUUCGAAUCCGAUCCGAAGACAAGCCGGCCCAGAGGUUCCUCUUUCGUGCGUGCCCAACUGACGAGCCCGAGGUGUACGUAAUGGACGUCGCUACUUUCGGGUCUACCUGCUCUCCGUGUUCAGCUCAAUUCAUCAAGAACCUGAACGCGUCUGAGUUUGCGGAGGAGUUUCCUGAAGCUGCGGCGGCGGUAGUAAACAAUCACUACGUAGAUGAUUACUACGACAGCGCUGACUCUGUGGAGCAGGCUACCAAGAUGGCCAGGGAUGUAAAAUACAUCCACUCUCGCGGCGGGUUCUACAUUAGGAAUUGGGUAUCAAACUCGCCGGAGUUCCUGCAAAACAUUGGUGAGUCGUCUCAAAAACCCAUUCACUUCAAUCGGGAUAAAGAUACGAUGGUCGAACGUGUGCUGGGGAUUAUUUGGGAUCCAACUGAAGACGUUUUUCGCUUUUCUACCGCCGUGCGGGAUGAAUAUCAGCCUGUGCCAUCCCUGUUCGGAAGGAUGCUGAUUCAGGAUUUGUGGAGGACUGGUUGCGAUUGGGACGAUCCAGUGGACGAUACGUCAUUUGAAAAAUGGAUGCGAUGGACGAAAGUACUACCUCAAAUUGCCGCAAUCAAGGUGCCACGUAGUUACUUCGGGGAUGCCAAGUUCGACGACAUCGAGAACGUUCAGCUCCACAUCCUAACGGACGCAAGCAAGGGAGCCUACGGUUGUGUCGCCUACCUUCGAGCGAGAGUGAACGGUGAAGUAAGGUGUGUUCUAGUGGCAAGCCGGGUGAAAGUAGCACCCCUGAAACCGACCUCCGUUCCGCGACUGGAGUUGCAAGCAGCUGUUCUGGGUGCGAGACUGGCAGCAGUGGUGCGGAAGAAUCAUUCCUUCAACAUAAGUCGACAGUUCUUCUGGACGGACUCGACCACUGUGCUUUCAUGGAUCAAGUCGGAUCAGCGGCGUUAUAAAGAGUACGUCGGUCUGCGCAUCGGGGAGAUCCUGACCUUUAGUAGGCUUCCGGAGUGGCAUUGGAUCCCCACAAAGUUAAACGUGGCGGAUCAACUAACAAAAUGGACACGAGAUCCAGAAAUGAGCUCCGCCGACAUCUGGUUUAACGGCCCGGAGUUCAUGUACAACGCAGAAGAAGACUGGCCGAAGCAGAAAAUACCGCAAGCGUCAACGAAGGAAGAGUUGCGGGCGCAUCUUCUAAUUCACGAUGUGGCACUCCCAGCUGCCGUGAUUGAUAUCCAGCGAGUGUCAAAAUGGACGGUGUUAGUUCGUACGGUAGCGACAGUAUUCCGUUUUCUAUCAAACUGUAGAAGAAAGGUGAAGGGAUUGCCGCUAGAGACGUUGAGAGCCACACCGGGGCAGGCGAAGAUGUUGAAGGCGGAAACGUAUCCAGUUGUGAGAGUUUCGUUGCAGCAGUGUGAGUUCGAGAAAGCGGAACGAAUACUGAUGAAGAUGGCGCAGGCCGAGGCGUACGGUGCAGAAAUAAAGAUUCUCCUGAAGAAUAGGGAACUACCAGCAGACAAAUGGCUACAGGUCGAAAAAUCUAGCUUGCUGUACAAGCUAACUCCGCUUAUCGACGACCAAGGAAUCAUUCGCUCAGAAGGUCGUUCGGAACGAGCCGAGUUUCUGCUGUUCGAUCUUCGUUUCCCUAUCAUCCUGCCGAGGGAACAUGGUGUUACGGCGAAAAUAGUGCAGCAUUUCCACGAAAGAUUCGGACAUGGCUACCGUGAAACGGUGAAAAUAGAGCUUCGUCAACGCUUCCUGAUCCCGAAAGUCGGCGCAAUUAUCGCAGAUGCUGCGAGAUCGUGCAUAUGGUGCAAGGUGAACCGAAAUCGACCGCAGAUUCCUAGGAUGGCUUCCUUACCAGUUCAACGGUUGACCCCCCACCUGCGUCCUUUCAGCUACGUUGGUGUCGAUUAUCUCGGCCCUUUUACGGUAUUGUCAGGUCGACGCAGCGAUAAACGGUGGAUCGUCAUCUUCACGUGCUUUGUAGUUCGGGCUAUUCAUCUGGAGGUCGCUCAUUCGUUGACGACGCAAUCCUGUCUCAUGGCCAUCCGUCGUUUCAUUAGCUAUCGUGGUCCUCCCUUGGAGCUCUUUUCUGAUAACGGGACGAACUUUAAGGGAGCUAGCAAGGAGAUAGCGGCCAAGAUUCGGGAUAUCGACGAAGAGUGUGCAAAUGAAUUGACGUCAGCACGUACAAAGUGGUCGUUCAACCCUCCAGCCACCCCUCAUAUGGGCGGGGUCUGGGAGAGGCUUGUCCGGUCCGUAAAAGAUGUACUAGUGGCAUUGGAUGAUGGCAGACGAUUGACGGAUGAAAUUCUGCUGACGUCAAUCGCAGAAGCAGAAGAUAUCGUCAACUCGAGACCUCUUGUCUACGCAUCGCAGGAAUCGGAUGAAGCUGAAGCGCUCACGCCGAAUGAACCGUGGCAAGGAGCUCCACCUGUGAACCCGGCGGGAGCACUGAGGGACUCGUAUCGUCGAUCGCAACAGUUAACGGAAGAUAUGUGGCGACGAUGGAUCCGUGAAUAUGUUCCGUCAGUCAACCAACGUUCUAAAUGGUUCGCCGAGGCAAGGAAACUAAAGGCAGGCGAUCUUGUAUAUGUGGUAGAAGGUGGAAAAAGGAAGUGCUGGGUGCGUGGCGUUGUCGAAGAGCCAAUCAUAUCCAGUGACGGGAGAGUUCGACAGGCAUGGAUUCGAACAACAAGUGGUAUCAGCAAACGAGCUACAGCGAACCUAGCAGUGCUGGAAAUUCGAGAUGGUGACGCUGAGUCGGAAGUCGCUUCCGGUACAGGAUCACGGGCAGGGCUAACCGGUAAAAAUCUGCUGCAAAUUGUGAUGCAGGACGUUAUCGACUCGACAACUGAAAGCACUUGCAGUUUGUCCGCAUCCAUUCGGGACUCAAUCCGUUUCGAAUAG